AUGAAGAAAUCACAAUUCAAGCUUAGUGGCUACGCUAGGUACGGAGAAUUGAAUGCAAUGAUGAAUCACAUUGUGUGGAAUUCUCCUUCGCCUGAAUCGUUUGAAGCUGAUUGGGCUGGUUUCAUCAAAGAAUUUGACUUAGGCCAUAACAGAUGGUUAGUAGGCCUUUAUGCGAAUCGACAUAAGUGGGUUCCAAUAUUUUUUAAGAGUGAAUUUUGGGCCGGCAUGAGGAGUACACAGCGUAGUGAAAGUAUGUACGCAUUUUAUGGGGGAUUUCUGCAUUACAAAAAUGGGUUCGUUCAGUUCGUCCAUAAAUACGACAAUGUGCUUGGAAACAAGGAGCAAAAGGAGCUGGAAGAUAAUGCUUCGGACUCGAAAGGAGUCAUCCCAUGUAUAAGGAGCACAUGCAUUGAGAGACAAUUUCAGCAGGAAUACACCAGUAAUAUGUUCAGGGUCCUUCAACUGGAGGGGAAGCCUGUCUACCAUACUUUCAUAGUAGAGUUUGACCCUUUGAGUCAAAAGGGUCGGUGCGAGUGCAACAAGUUUGAAUCCGGUGGUAUAUUGUGUUGUCACACCCUUGCGGUAUGGUCAUACUACAGAGUUGACAUAGUACCGAGCUGCUAUGUUCUUCCUCGAUGGAGUAAGAAUGUCAUCCGCAAGCACACUUACAUUAAAAGCAGCCAUGACGUGGCUCAGACCGAUGAAAGCCACAAUUUAUUCUGGCGUCUGUGUUCAGAGUUCUAUAACAUUGCUCAUGAGUUUGUUGCUUGUGAUGAGGAAACAGCCAUCUUGCGAGCUGCCCUUUGGGACGCAAAGUCCAAGCUGACUGAUUACCGUGCCAGCAUGCGUUUCACUACUCUUGUUGUGACUCAGAAUACCAUGCCCACACAGAGCACAGGCGGUGUUAUUGUACAUGACUUACAGGGACCCUCAAGUGUUAAAACCAAAGAACGGCUGAAGAGUAAGAGACUUUGA